AUGAAUGUUUCAACCUACAACAUAAGACCUAUUUAUAGAUCUCACAAGUUGAUCACAAAUCGAUUGUCCGUUUGUAUCUUGAACCCAUUGGCAACAAGGUUUUACUCGCUGAAAAAUUUCUCUAGUUCCAACAAUACAAUUGCAAAUUCAAAUGAAAAACUGUCACCACAUGAUGACAAGCUUAGAGAGAUAAUAGAAACAACCAACUUUGGUUCUGAGCUUCGUAAAAAGAAGGAGAUGCAUGACAAAAAGUUGCAUCAGCAAGAAGUAUACAAGAAAUAUGAACUCGACAAAGAGGCUGAAGGUGAAGAAGCAAAGCAAGAAAACGAGCAAGAAGAAGAUACCGUAGCGAAUAAAGACAAACCAGCUGCUGAAGACGAGGCGAAUGUGAAUGAUCAGACCAUAACUGCUUCAGAAAUAAAUCAAAAUAUACAGAAAGAAAUCGGUAACUUACCAUCACAAAAAGAGACGAGACGGUAUCAAAUUGCUAAAAAGCUAGAGGAAUACUUAGAUUCGUUGCAAGACACGAUAUUUACCGCUACAAGGGCUCUAAAUGAUGUUACUGGCUACUCGUCGAUUGAGCAAUUGAAACAAUCUAUUAAUGAUUUAGAAGCCCAGCUUAAAGGUGAAAAAGAAAACGUCAAGAAGUGCAAGGAUCUUUACUCUCAAGCAAUAUUGCGUCGUUCUUUGCUGCAACGAGAAAUUAACGAGCUUCUUACCAGAAAACAUAACUGGUCUCCCGAAGACCUCGAACGGUUCACUACGCUCUAUCGUAACGAUCAUGUCAACGAACAAGAAGAGCUGAAUACACAUAACGCCUUGAAUGACGCCGAGCUGAAAGUAGAUGCCAUCCAGCUCAAACUCACGCAACUGAUAUUGACCAGGUACCACGAAGAGCAAAUAUGGUCCGAUAAAAUUAGACGGGCUUCUACCUGGGGUACUUGGAUCCUUAUGGGUAUCAAUCUUUUUCUUUUCAUCCUCGCCACGUUCUUGGUCGAGCCUUGGAAACGUAAGCGUCUUGUGGGUUCCUUCGAAGACAAGGUCAAACAAGCGAUCUUGGAAAUGUCCGAGGUACAAGAAGGAAAAUGGGACCAAAUGUUAUCCCAGCAAAAAGAAUCCAACACCCACCAGUCGGCUUCGACCCUCACAUCCUGGUGGUUUAACUCAGACGACCAAUCUGACUCAACUGCCUCCUCUGUAUACCCAAUGAUCUUGACUCCAGUGGACAAUUCGUGGCAAGGUUUCAAGGCCACUAUUCGCAGUCACUACAACGCAUUAAGAUCGUCCACCAUAAGCACUUUACAGUUUGAAAAGCACGAAUUUGCCUGGUUUGCUACUACAAUUACAGUGAUAUCCUGUGCUUUAGGAAGCAUUUUGACCUUAUAUUUCAAAUAA